AUGGCACCGAGAUCGGUGUUGAUUGAGAAAACCUCGCGGUUCGAGGAUCUCGCGCGUCCAGUGUCGUCCCAGGAUGCACUGAGGGAAUCAGGAGACUCGUCAGGAGAUAAUACGAGCCCGCAGUACCAGCAAACACAACACAAAAAAAAACUGAACAUGGAGGCGAAGAAUUGCCAUGAGAGAAUUCUUUCUCGAAUAUUUCACGUAUCAUUAACGACAGGAAUCGUCUUAAUUCUCGUGCUUAAAGAUACAGGUAAUUUAGAUUAUCUUUUUCUAUUAGGAAGGUUCGAUCCACCACUUUAGAGAUACGUAAAUUUUGAGUUUCCGUCACUUACGUACCUUACUUCCUUUCAGAACUACGGCGAGCUUGUUUCAGUGGUAAUUGGUUGUAUGUCGCUGGCUUCUUCUCGCUUUGUUUUAUCGGCUUUAUUUUCUACUUCGUUGCAAGUUGCAUGGAUCCUGGGUUUGCAGAAAUAAGCGACCAGAAAAGUAUUAUGGUUACAUUCGAGGUAAGAUGAUCUGAGUUUCAAAGAUUCUUUGAUUAUUAAAAUUAAGUUAACGGACAUAGGAAUAUUGCAUACUGACUUUCAUUAUUACUGACUCUACGAUUUUGCCGUAGUUUUAAAUGUGAUUUCUGGUUUAAAAAAACUUCUCUUCUAUUUUCAUUUAAUUACUUUUGACUUCUGUUUGGGACUCUAGUUUGCUUUAACAGACUUAAUUUACAAAGUAAGGUUAUGUUCUUGAAACAAGCGUUAUAAUGAAUAACAGAGAUGUUCGCGCAGGUUAGAUCUUUUUCUUUUGAUCGAGCUUGUGAAAUGGAUUCUGUAAAAUUUUCUUUUCUUUUUAAUAAGAUAAGUGAAAUCUUUGUACGAUGUCAUUGUUUACAAUUUUGUUCCAAGGCCAUACGAAUUGUAAAUCUGAAAUAAAAAUUUCCUUCAAUAACUGACAGAGGUUGUUGAAACUAAGUAACCUGAUUAACGUCUAGCUGAUCCUUACAUGUAUUUACGUGCAAUACUUUAAGAAAUUCACCCAUCAAAAAUGCAGAUUAUCUGAGUCAUAAAAGGUAAUGAGCCCGAGUAUGAUUGGUAAACAUAGAAGCACCUCAUUCAUUAGUGGCAUUCACAUCUAUGCUGUGACAUUUUGCCAAUACAUAUCUGUCGUAAAUUAUUCACCCUCGGUGCUAGUGAAUGGUUUAGGAAAGGUUAAGUGUAAUGUUGAGAAGGGAAAAAUGCAACCAACAAACUGCUUUUGUUUUCUCAGGUGAACUAGCUAGUGGGUGUAAUCUCUCGCUAAACGUCACCAAAUGUGAAACAUCUACAAGAAUAGGCUCCAUAGAUUUUAAUGAGUGUCACAAAGGAGUAUUAAUGUUCCUAGUUACUCCAUGCUAGACUAGGUUAGGUCCAGCCAUGUUGAUCUAUCUUGGGCAGGUAUAGUUCCUUGCCUUUUUUAAAAAGGUUCUUGUCACUUUUUGAACUGAACGGUCAAAUUCAGAAAACUUGCUGAAUGGCUUUUUUCCUUUCAGUAGGGUAACAAUAGCACUUCUUGUCAUCAGGGUUUUCUCAGUUUUAAGGUAGAAGAUUAGAAUACCUAUGUCAGUCCAGGAACUAGUAAAAGAUCAAAACAAGUAAAAAGACAGUUCACCCAUUCAUGGUGAAAAUCAUUAACCAGCUAUUAAUUAAACUAACUUAAUUUUCUAUUUAUAGAAAACAGAAGAAGAGCAUGAUUCUGAAAGUCAAUCAGAUGGAGACGAUGCCCAGGAAUCUUGUAAGAUCUUAGCUACUCCUCCUCUUGGUGGAUCUAGACUGCGACGCUGUGGAUAUUGUGCAAUAUUACAACCUCUUCGGGCCAAACAUUGUGAAGACUGUGGUCAGUGUGUGCGGCGAUAUGAUCAUCACUGUCCAUGGCUUGGGAAUUGUGUGGGGGAGAGAAAUCACAGGUUCUUUUGGUGCUUUCUUUUGACACAGUGUGUGCUCAUCGCAUGGGCUACUGAAAUUACUUGGUAGGUGUCACAGAGCAAAAUUCUCAGCAGUUGAAACCUUAUGAUGUACUAUUUCCUUUGUUGUUAUUCACUAUUUCCGUCAAACACGAAGGAGUUCAUGAAAUAAUGCUCCAAGUGACUUUUUUUAAACUGCUAGAUUCUUCUUCCAAUUUCCUUUGUAUAUGCGGAUGAUUCAAGGUGAGAAAUUGGUAUUAUAUCAGGAGUUUAGUAACUACCUUCAGAGUCAGCCAGUCAUUUACCAAGGUUACUUAAUUAAAGCUACAGUAAACAGUGAUUUUGUUACAAACCGUUAUGGUGAGUCUUGUGACUUAAUAUCUUGUGAAAAAUCAAGAGUCCCAGUCCAGAACCAAUGAGUCCCAGUACAAAAAAAAAAGGAGUCAUGCUUUGGCCUUUAUGUAAGUAGACAGUUAAUCUGGAGACAGACACCAAAACUCUUCAUUGCAGUUUACUGAAAUUAAAAUAUAGUCCUUCUAUAUAUUUAAAGCACAAAAAAGACUAAAAUAAAUAUGCAUCUUUAAACAACAGCCACAGAAAUCACACGCACAGGAUAUUCUACCAAAAAAUCUUCAUCUCGAUCAGCCGUUCUUUGCGUCCUUCGGGAUGCAUGUCAUAAAUUAUUUUGCAUUUGUGCAUCAGGGACACAGGACGCAGAGGUAACGAAAUCACUGAGUAAACACCCACAUGUAAGACUUAAGAACAAGUGGAUUAAGAACAUCAGGCUGAAAGUUGGCCUAUAAUGCACCAUACAUAUAAGAACCAAUUCAGUCUGAUUGCUGUGGAGCGACCGUAGGGAGCGAGCAGCAACAUAAUCAGGAUUUAAGGAAAAUAUAUAAGGGGCGACGAAUUCUCGAAUUCAUCACUUUUUACCACAAUGCAUUGCAUUUAACCACACUUUUUACCACAAUGCAUUGCAUUUAACCAGAGUGCAUUGCGCCACGAACAACUCAAAAACACGGGGACGUUCGCAUCGUUCGCUGCCCAGACUCAGAGUUUUCUUUGUAGCAAGUUUACUACAGCACGGUUAGAGGUCUUACCAAAUUUAAGACACACAGGAGUCUUUCAGAUGAGUAGAUGGUUAACUUGGGGAUUGGAUUUCAAUUCAAGAGCCUUUGACUCGUCCAGGUGUUACUUUAAACCUGACGAGAAAAUGAGCAUUUGCUCUUCGACUCCGCAACACGGGGGAUAUACAAAUUCCAGCUUGCUUAUAGAAGGUGCUAUGAAAGUGAGAAAAUGUCAUGCUAUGCUAUUCUUAAGAACCUGUGUGAGCCAAAAAUGGAUGUGAUUUUGACCAUUCACUUCAAAAUAACAGCGGAAAUCGAGAUGACAAAACAUAUGUUUUGUGUCCUACGUUGCAGACGAGGACGUGUAUCGGCGUUUUGAAAAGCAUAAUUAUGUUCUUUCAUUCAUUCAUUGCCAUGGAAUAUCCGUUUACAUUGUUUUUUUUCUGUUAAUAGCUCGAUUAAUGCGGCUGGCGAUCAUCUUGCCGGCGGAAGUUUCAUGGAAAAGGCAUGAAAUUAAAGAUUUUUCCUAACGGUUAUGUAAUCAGUCUCUGUGGUGUAGUGGUUAGGUGUAGUCGCGUUGAGCCGAUAGUGCCGGGUUCGAGUACCACCAAACUCUUUUUUCCUUCUUUCUUUUUUUCCCGUUUCUUGUGUUGUUGUUUUCUAUAAAUAUAUAGCUAAAUAACUGUUACUUAAUAAAGUGCAAUAAACAGCAAGAAAUGUAUCGUGUUUCCAGAGAAAAUAUAGUACACCGUAUAUUAAAUAUAUGGAUAAACAAUCUGAAUUUCUAUCAUUUCCUACAGUUUACUGUGGGAAAACCAGAGUUGAUAACCACUUGAUCAUUUUCUAAACAAUGUUCCCACGAGUUCUUUCUAUAGACUGAUAGUAAUAAUAUUAUUCUAGUACUUUCCAACAUGUAAAUAGGACAUUCAAUGUCAUUUUCGAUUCUUUUAAGUCUCACUGCCUAACUAAUGCCAGUAUCAACAAAAUGUGCCACAGCAUUACUAUCUUUUAGAUACCCUAGUAAAUAAACCAUGUUUUUGGUACAAAAGAAAGAGAAUUCCAGAAUGAGAAAUCAAUACAUAACAGCAACUCAUAUUUUUACCCGCAUCAGUAAAAGGUUCAAAUACACAGGGGUGUUUACUCUAUUCAUUCACAUCAAUCAUGAAAUUAGAUUUAUCACAACUGUACACAUUUUUUAAAAAAUUUAACACUACAUUUCUCUUUGCCCAUUUCAGGUAUGCUUUUGUACACAAGAAAACUUGGCUGGGCUGGUUCCUUUCCAAUGGCUUCCUCAUUCUCGCCAUGUUUGUCCUUUGCCUCACUUUUAUUGUAGUUUCUCUUCUUUUUUGCUGCCACUCCUAUCUCAUGCUUACGGCACAAACAACCUGGGAAUACAUGUCACGGUCAAGAAUUUCAUAUUUGAAAACACUCAGUGAAGAUGUGAAUCCUUUUGACCAAGGGGUUUUUUGUAAUGUGUAUAGCUUCCUCUGCAGAUGUAGGGUGCAAAAGUGGGAAGUCCUGCUGCGACAAAGAGAUCGCUGGGCAUAGAGCUCCUAAUGAAGAUUAGAAAUUUACACACUAGGUUUUUAAUAGAUAUCAAAUUUAUUUUCAUUUAUUUCAAAAAUAAUUAACAGAUUAACUUAUAAUUGCAAUAUUGAAGUUGUAUAGUUUCAGAUUUUGUGUAUCUGUCAAGGUUGUACAGCUUCAGCUCUAAAUGAGCAUGCUUGUAAAUGUAUAAAUCAUGAAGGCAUUAUUAGUCAGCACUGACCAGUCAGUACACAUGUAUACAUUUUUGAUGAACAUAUUAGAAAACAGGUCAGUGGUAUUACAAAAUCUGUUUUUUUUUUGCCAUUGCGCAGACUGAUAGGCAGGUCUUCAGGUCGAUCCGCACUAUCAGACAAAUCUGGAGUUGUCUUCGAAACAUCCAAAAUUAAAAUAGUAUGGUGACAAUUUUCGUGUUGAAAAAAUGUAUCCACACUGGAAACCAUACUCUAAACAGG